CUCCUUCGACCGUUUUGCAAUAUCGGUUGCAAAAAUUUGGUACCAGGUUCGUACAGAACAGUACGAGCAUGGUUCGUACCGCCCGGUACGUACCGUUAGGUCCUUUUUCCUUUUUCCAUGAUGAAAACAAUGCACAACAAACUCCACAGCAACAUCGCACCGUGACGGUAUUUGCUUUGGUCGUUCAACUCUCCCAGAGAACACAAAAGGGAUAUUCUCGUAUCACUGAUAGGUGGCUCCCCUCCAAUCUAUCUGUUAAAAUCGGAGCACAGACUAGACCACGAUGUUCCUAAAUCUUUUCAUCGUCAACAAGUCCGGGGGUCUGAUCCACCAUCGAGCACUCAGCCAGAAGGCACCGCACAUCGGAACGAACGAAUGGCUCCGGAUCGGAUCUACCUUCCACUCGCUCCACGCAAUUGCGACCGAGGCCUCGCCCAUCAAGCUCCCGGGGAACAAAAAGGCGGGCGCCGACGACGGCAUCGAGGAAAUCCAGGCCGAGGGCAUGACGCUCGUGUGCCUGCAGACGCGAACGGGGAUCAAGUUUGUGAUUACCGCCGAGCCAAACACGGCGGUCGCCGUGGAUCUGGGACAGGUGCUGAGAGAAAUCUAUGUCUUGUACACGGAUUGUGCCCUCAAGGAUCCCUUCUACGAAUUGGAGAUGCCCAUUCGGUGUGAGCUCUUUACGCAAGGCGUCGAGAACCUGAUUCAAAGAGUCGAAAGCAUGAUCAACUACUCGACGAGUACGAGUAGUACUAGCAAUACUCGGGUGGUGACACUGAGAUAAUAUGAUAACUGAGACACACACAGUAAAACUGUGUAGCAAAAACUGUACAAUAAGUGAAAAUUCAUUAC